AUGACGUGGUUUGCCAGUCUCUACACGCUAGCACUUUCGUGCUGUAUUGUGACCGUGCGCUGUGCUCUUUAUGGUCCGUCAAGCCCUGUAAAAACCGUGGAUCCUUCGUCUUUUGACGAUGUGUUGCGUACAGAAGGUGUCUCCCUGGUCGAGUUUUACAGUGAACCUUGUGCCGCUUGCACGAGCUUCGCCAAGGAUUUCGAGGCGGCCGCUACUGCUACUAAGGAUGUCGUUGGCGUCUAUGCCGUGAACGAUGCGUCGGUAUCUCGGCGAUACAAUGUGCGAUCGUUUCCCACCCUCAAGGUCUUCCUUGGAAAAGGCUCUUCCGAACAGCCGACAGCUGUGGAAUAUACCGGAGCGUUGAACGUCGCUGAUGUCGUGACAUUUACCAUGAAGCAUCUAAACAAGCAUGUGAAGGCGAAAGUGCCAGCUCCCCCGCGCAGCGAGACUAAACCCCCUUCAGGCCGCGUCGUGUCUUUGAAUGAGAGUGAAUUCAAUAGCAGGGUCUUAAACGACACCUAUAACCAAUGGCUGAUCAUGUUCUUCGCCCCUUGGUGUGGCCACUGCAAGGCUCUCGAGCCGGAAUGGCGCCGCAUGGCAACAAUCGCAGAUCGAGUGACCGUCGGUUCCGUCGACGCCACUGUCAAUUCGGCUUUGGCGCAGCGCUACGGUGUCAAGGGUUACCCCACGAUCGUGCUUCUUCCUCAGGGUCCGAAGGGCCCCUCCAAGGCCAUUGCUUACAACGGAGCGCGCAAAGCUGAGGACAUCCUUGCCUUCGCUAAGCGUCAUUACCGUAACAUGGGACCACCUGUGCAUGUUAACACCUUCGAUGAUUUGAAGCAGCGUUGCAGCGGCCCGCUUUGCCUGCUUUUCUUCCUUCCUGAGGAGGGCCUGCAAGCUAACAUGGAUAUCAUUUCAAAGGUGAUGGAAAAGAACUCCACUUUGCCUUUCCAAUUCUGCUACAUUCUGGUCGCAGCGGGCAGUCAUCCACAGUGGGAGCGUGCGCUGGGCGUGUCGUCAUUCCCGUCCGCUCUGGGUCUAAACUUGAGCAAGAAUGUGUUCUCCACGAUGCGUAAGGAGAAAUUGACUUUCACAAAGAGUCUGCAUCUACGCAGGUCAAUUAAUUGUGGGAAGCCGCCUUACAUUGGGUUGUUUUCCAGUUUACUCCCACUCAAUGGUGGCCGGGGGCUUGUCGGUGAUGUCGUAGCACACCCUGCUGACUUGCGGGAUGUUGUCGGUGAUCCUCUGGGAGAUGGCGGCGAGGCAUUCCAUGUCGAUGUGCCUGGCGAAUUUGGCGGUGACGAAGUCGACGGUCAUGAUGAUGCGGACGACAACGACCAUUCCGUAAACCCUGGCGGAGUUCCUCAGACCCGUGCAACGGGUGUUGGGGAGGAGGACACAUGCGCACUGCGACACCUUGUCAACGAGUCCCCUGGACUCAAGCUCCUCGAACAUGUACCUGUCGGCCUGCCUGGCGAUUUCGACAUGCUCCGGGAUCAAUUCGCCGAGAACACGCGCACCAAGACCUGGUCCAGGGAAUGGGUGCCUCUUGAAGGUUGCCUCCGAGAGGCCGAGGAGUUUGCCGAGGUCCCUGACCUCCUGCUUAAACAGCAAGCGCACAGGCUCGAUGAGUUCGAAUUUCAGGUUUUCUGGGAGACCACCGACGUUGUGGUGGGAUUUGACGGGCAACUUGCUCCUCCUGUUAAGCUCAGAUUCGAGGAUAUCGGGGUAGAUGGUUCCCUGCAGCAGCAGGCAGUUGUUGUGGUUGAAGCCGAGUUCAGCCAUGGCCCUCUCGAACUCCUCGAUGUAAACCCUACCAAUCACCUUACGCUUCUGCUCGGGGUCGAUUACACCCUUGAGCUCCCUGAAGAACACGGACGACGAGUCGCGAAUGGUGAGCUGGAUGCCGGGAAUCUCGGCCUUCAGCCUGUCGUAGCACUUUUGAGUUUCCUGGUACCUCAUCAACCCAGUGUUGAUCAUGAUACCGUGGAACCUCUCGCGGAUAGCCUCGUGCACAAUGGCCGCACAGACAGUGCUGUCCACACCACCGGAAAGUCCAGCAACAACGAACUUGUCACCACCGCACUGCUUGAUGACAUCCUUUUUAGUUUGCUCGUGGUAGCUUUUCAUAUCCCAGGUCUUGGCGCAUUUGCACACAUUGUAGCAGAACUUCUCCAUGAUGCCGUUGGCCUCGUUACCCUCAACGUCCUGAGGGUGGAAGCAGAAGCCCCUGACACCGGUGGCGGGGUUGAACAGACCAGCAAUGUUGCCCUCUCCGUCCUUCAUCGAGACACUGAAACCGGACGGAACAGCCUCGAUCUCAUCAAGGUGGCAGCCGUGGGCGACGAAGCCGUUGUUGCCUGCGAGGAUGCUGUCAACGCUGGCGUCAACAGUAACCUUCUCCCUCUUGUACUCCGUCUCCUGGGCACCCAGGUGGCGGACUUUGCCUCCGAGGGUAACGGACAUAGCAUACAUGGCAUGGCCCAAGGCAAUAACCGGGAUCUUGUUUUCGGCACACACCUCAAAGACUUUGGCGUCAAUUUUCAUGGAUUCCGGGUCAGUAACGCUUUCGGAGCCUCCACUGAGUAUCACACCUCCGGGCAAGCGAGCGGAAAGGGUUUCGACGGCCUUCUCGAUGGGGAAGAGCUCGCAGGUGAUUCCCAGACCGCGGAGGAAGCGGACCAUGGAGCCAGACUGGUGGCAUCCCAGGUCGAAUAUGAAGAUGAAAUUCUUUUGCUGUUCCAUUGUGUGUACUAUUGUAAUUAA